GUAGUCUAUCAAGACUACGGCGAAUAAUGGUAACCAGACCCAAGGACUAAUAUGUUCCCCUCGUGAUGGCAUAGAGGCUACUCUUAAGAUGGCCAAUUUCCCGAUUCGGCAACUAGACAAGCAUUUGCCAAGUUGUGCCAAGUUUUGGGCAGUCCAUGACGCUCAAUUCUGGGGUUGACGAAUCAGAUCUACCAAACAGAUGGAGUCAAUAUCUACAUUUGAUACAACACCAUGCUCAACUUACCUAACAGACCACGACUCAUCGCGAUUCUAGGUUUCGAUUCGCUAACUCGAAAGUAGAUGAUUGGACUCGUUUAGCAAGGACGAUGUGACCCAGACCGUCUCAUCUUUAUUUGCAUAGCACGGUGCUCGGCUCAUCUGCCGAAGCUGAGAAUUGGCUGGAGUUGGUCAGUUUUGCGUUGAACUCGUGUCAUGGCUCGGAGGGCUUAAUCAUGACGUCAACUUUUGACAUACUACGAAGCCCCUUUACAAUCCGUCAUGAUCCAUUUUCAACUGAUAUUUAUAUGAUCGACCAGGUCAAUGUUUACCAACCGUACUACAGUCAAGUCAGUCUUAGCUUCGUAUACCAUUACUAAAGCCUCAUUUGCAUCCUCCACACGUUUCGGGCAUCCCCUUACCGGGACUCGAAUAGGAAGAUCUCUCGUACACGCCAUAUCGCCUACCAUAUAAUAAACCGGCCAGCAUGGGCCUCUUCAGCCGUCGUCGUGCCGACGGGACGAAUGGUAACGGACAUCAGAAUGGACAUGUUCAAGAUAGCGUAGCCUAUCCUAUGGCGGUCCGUCCGAGUUUUGGUCAGUGGCUUAAGGUCACAUGGAUCGAUAUCGUUACGAUGGCUUGCAUGGGCGCUAUAGGGCUUGGUGUGUACGAAGCGAAACCAGCUCCGACUCGAUCGUUCCCAGUAACCUUCUCCGAUGGCGAGGUCGUAUAUCCGCAAUUCGCAUAUCCCCUGCGUAAGGAGAUCGUCCCUAUCUGGGCAGCAGCCUUACUCGCGGCUUUGGUCCCUAUCGUCGUUAUUCUUCUCAUGCAAAUCCGGAUCAGAUCCUUCUGGGAUGUGAGCAAUGGUGUUAUUGGCCUUCUAUACUCGCUCAUCACCGCCGCCGUCUUCCAGGUCUUUUUGAAAUGGCUUAUCGGCGGCUUGCGUCCGCACUUCCUUGCCGUGUGCAAGCCUGAUGUAAGCCUCGCUAGCAACGCUCCCGGCGUUAAGGGCGCUGGUUAUAACGGGGCUGGCUUCACGAACAUCUACUACACUAAAGAGAUCUGCACUGGUGACGAGAACGAGAUCAAUGACUCUCUCGAAUCAUUCCCGUCAGGUCAUAGCACGGCAGCCUUCGCAGGCUUCAUCUAUCUAUCCCUCUAUUUGAACGCCAAGUUAAAGGUCUUCUCAAACUACCACCCGGCGAUGUGGAAGCUUAUUGCGAUCUAUGCGCCGGUACUGGGGGCUACGCUGAUUGCUGGCGCGUUGACGAUCGAUGAGUUCCACAACUGGUACGAUGUCGUGGCGGGCGGCAUCAUCGGCACCGUUAUGGCCUUCUCCGCAUACCGUAUGUGUUACGCCGCGAUUUGGGAUUGGCGCUGGAACCACGUUCCCCUUCACCGCGGACAGGCAUGUCUAUACACUUACGACAGCGCCGAGCUUAUGGAUGCCCUAUGGACACGCAAGGCCGGAUGGGGUGCCGGGGCCUCUAAUUACGGCGGUAAUGCGCAAGGUGCAAGCGGCCAUGGCGGUGUGACUGGUUUCCAGCGGAAGCCGGUUGGGGGCGGUACUGCGCGAAGGGGUGAGGAUAUUGUCUAAAUAAUCAUGGCGUACGCAAACUUAAGUUCAUAACAUAAACGCAUAUAUACCUGUUAGGGUUUCCCAA